AUGAUGAGAAGGACAGAGAAAGAACUGAACACAGACAAAUCAAUCAGCAGAAGAGAUGACAUCUCACUGCAAGGUAUGAUGACUACUGCCGCGGCUGCAAGAGAUGUAGGAGAAGGAGGAGAUGUGGUAAUGAGAGCAGUGCUCCCGCGGCUCAUUGACACCGCCGCCUUCACCUUCAACCUGGCUUUCUUGAUAGUCAUGAAGGCCGCAGCUGCAUCAUGA